UUGAAAAUAACCCACGCCGGGAGAAGCGUGAUCCUUCUAUUAAUAGUGAACUCACGUAUAUCUUUGUCGUGAGUUCAGCAACAUCACCUUCUUUCUCCACAAAAAUCAUUAGUGCUUUUCAUUUUUCAAUGUGUAUUUAUUAUAAUCAUAAUUAAUAAUUUUCAAUUGAUUUUAAAAAAUAGAUUACCCAUAAGUGACUUGUGAAAAUAAUAAUGAAUAAAUAGUGUCGAGUGUGCUUUCAAGAUUUUUGCAAAAUUUGAUGAAAUCGCGAUAUCAUAGAGAAGAGAGGGAAGAGAGCGAGAGAGAGAGAGAGACCGAAAAAGACGGACUGACAACUAACAAUUUUGUGAUACAUUUUAAAACAGUAGUGCAGUGAGAAAGAGAGAAUUAGAGAAGGAGAGAGAAAGAUAGAGAAUGUGUGAGUAUUUCAAUGGUACACCAAGUCAAGAAAUUUCUUCUGUCGAGAAAUCAGAAAUAGGCAGCGGAGUAUUACCCUUUAAUAGAGCCGAAACAAAAGCAUCUUUUGUCAGAGGAAAUAAUCGUUUUUCAUUAUUCAAGUGGCUUAAACGUGGCAAUCGUGAUUCAAUUGAUAAACAUCGUAAGCGAAUUUCAAAUAAAAAUAUCAAUUUCGAAGAAGAAAAUCUCUCAUCAAGUACCGAUAGUGUAUCAACAUUUUAUAGUACAACAACUGUUCAUAGUUUUGCAUUUCAAGCUGGUGAAUUUCAAGAGUGCAAUGAUUUGAAUCUUAAUUUUCCACAAAUUGACAUUGGUCCAUUUGGUUCGGGUGCUGUGAAAUUAUAUGAAAAAACAGCUAACAAUUCAAAUUUCACCAAUAUCAAUUAUACACUACCAAAUAAAUUUUUACAAAAAAAAGACAUCACAGAGAGAUAUUCACUUCAACCAUCAAAUUCAUUUAAUUCAUGUGGUAACAUUCCUGCUCCGGUGAAUAACUGGAAAAAAUCUUGUAUAAAAAAUAAAAAAGUACACGUAAAAGGUAAACGUAGAGCACCAAAUCCUCCUGAUUUUAUACCAACUAGUAAUGCAAAACAGUCAUUUAAAACAACGAAAAAACGUACAAGAAGACGAGCUCCACCACCUCCAGAUGAAAAUUUAAAAAUUGAUAAAAUCAUUAAAACAAACGGUGACAUCACAAAGGAAAUUUUACCUACAAUUAGUAAUGAUACAUUAAUAUUGCGAGACGGAAUUCUCCUGCCAAAAAAUUCCACUGAUUGUACAAAUAUUAAUUCAGAAGAAACAAUUUCGGAUGUUGAAAUUUCGCAAGGAAAAGAAAUUCAUUCAAAAUCAUUUGAUAGAACAAUGCCUCGUCCAUGGUAUAAACGAAGUGUUUUCGAUCGUGAUUCAAAUACAGUAAAAAGAGAUAUUUCAUCGUCAAGCGAAAAGAAAGAAGAUUCCUCGAGUCCCUAUUUUCCUUUUGAUGGUUCACUUUCAAAAUUAAAUUUUUUUCAUCGUACAGAACGAAAUUCCGAGGAUAGACGAAGGGAUAAACGAAAAUCAGGUAUUUCCAUUUUGACAAACAUCAGUGAACUUGAUAAAGAAGCCGCUGCCAUUGUUCGUGAAGAACAAGCCAAAGCAAAGGCAUUACAAGACGAAAAUUUGAAUAUAGAAAAAAUUCAAGAUAUGGUAGAAUCUACCUCAUCGCCUCGAAAAAGUACUCGUGCUUUGAUAUCAAAAUUUAAUGCCAUAACUAAUCUCUCAAAAGUGACAGUGAAUACAAAUUAUUUUUCCAAAAAUUCUCCAACGAGUCAAAGAAAUAAUGACAGAAUUCGAGUACAAAGCAAAAAUUCUUGUUUAGAACAAAAAAUUGAACAGAAACAAGAUAUUUCCAGAUACUUUAUUCCACAUCAAACAUCACCCAAAUCACACUUCAAUCAAAAUAAAAUUGAAUUAAAUAAAAAUGAUCAAGUGGAAAUUGAAAAAAUUAUCGAACCAGAAAAUUCACAAAAAGAAGAAAGAAAUGGAACCAACGAAAUACAAAAUACAGAAUCAUUGUUUAAUAAAAAAUAUUCGUUGAAUAAAAAAAUUUUUCACGACAAUAAUCCACCACCGUUAAUAAUUAGAGAAUUAGAUUUAAUAUUUAAUGAAAUUGAUAAACAAUUAGAGAAUAAUAUUAAAAAAAGCAGAAUUAAUAAUUCAAAAAUUGAAAAAGCAAGCACUUCUGAUCAAAUAUUGAAUUUUUUAAUUGAAUCAAAAGAGACUGGAAAAAGAACAAAUAAUGUUGAACAAACACUUGAGAAAGAAUUAAUUCACAAUCAAAAUAGAAAUAGUAAAGAAAAUUUAUCAAUAUUAAAUAAACAAGACGAUCCUGCUACAAUGGAUUUGAAGGAGAUUUUGAAAGAAAUGAAGCACUCGUUACCUAAACGAGCAAAGGUAAAAAAAAUUAUUGACAAUCAUUCAGAAAUUUUUAAUGUAAAUAAUAAACCUUCCACAAGUACUUUUAAUGAUCUCAAUGCAUUUACUACUACUACUAAUUUAAAAGAAAAUAUUUUAGAAAAAUCUAAAACACGACUAGCAAGCCAAGAGAAAUUUAUAACUGACGUGCGUGAGGAAAAAAAACUCAAAGUAUCAUCGGCAGUUCAAACAAGUGGUAAUGUGAGAAAAGUCAGUAAUUUGCCAUCAACAUCAAGACAAAUUACAAAUCAAGAGACAUUCACAAAAAGUGAAUAUGAAACUGGAACGAAAUAUAAAAUAAAUAAAUUUCAUUUAAUAAGGCCAAAGGAAUUUGAUCAGAUUGAAGCAAUUAAACUUGUAAAAACACCAUGGCUUGAGAAUAUUUAUGCUAAUGUAACUCAACAACCGUCUUGUUCGAAUAAAAUAAUACUUCCAUUAAGACCAAUAAUAAAUGUACAACCUUCAGAAUUGUUAUUAAAGAGAAAAGAAGAAGUGGACAAAAAAAAUUAUCCUCUUUCUGCUAAAUUGAAUCAACAAGAAAUAUCACUUCCACUCACUGGAGGUAAAUACGAACAACGUAAUUUUAAUGAUUCACAAAAACAAAAUAUGAAUACACUGGCUGUGAAUAAGUUAUUGAAAAAAUUGGAAGCCUCAAUUGCAUCUGGAAAUCAUCAGCAAGCAUCAAAAUUGGCUAAAGAACUUGCAGAAUUAAAAAUUCAAUGCUCAGUAAUUCGACAACGUUCAAUUAAUAAUACACGUGAAUUAAAUGUUAAUAUGUAUAUUGAGGAUAAAGAAGCUCAUCAAGGACCAAUUCCACUUUUGUUGCCUUUAAAUAUGACAGUUGCACAAUUAAAAGCAAAAAUUUCACUGGAAUUUGAAAUACCAACGAAUAUUCAACGAUGGAUUAUUGGUAAAAAUUUAGCCGAAAAUGAAAAUUCAACUUUAGAAGAAUUACAGACAACUGAUUCAAUAUUCUUAUAUCUUGUUGCUCCCGCAUUAGAAAUGACUUCGGACGAAGUAACUAAGCCUGAAAAAUCUAAUGCUGUGGAGGAAAUUGAAAAAUUGAACAUUAAACAAAUAGAAACUAUACCUGAAACUAAAGUGACAAUAGAAGAAACACAAAAGAAAUAUGAAGAAAAUUUAGAAAUAAUUUUGACAAAUGAUAAAACACCAGAAAACGUUCCUGAGAUAAUAAAAUUGGAACGAUAUGAAGAAUUAAUGUCCUUGGAGAAUUGUGAUUUAAUACCAAAUUCUGAAGCAAUCGAGUGUCCAAUAUGCUUUGUAACAUACGGUCCACAGGAAGGAGUUACAUUAAGGGAUUGUCUGCACACGUUUUGCAGGCUGUGUAUUACCAAUACGAUUGUUUACUGUGAGGAAGCAGAGGUGCAAUGUCCAUACAGGGAUUCGAUGUACACUUGCGAGUCAACACUUCAAGAACGAGAAAUUAAGGCGCUUGUGGCGCCAGAAGUUUAUCAGCAACAUCUAUCCAAGUCCAUUGCACAAGCUGAGAACAAUGCUGGGAAUAAUGCGUUUCACUGCAAGACACCCGACUGUCCAGGAUGGUGCAUUUACGAUGACAAUGUCAACAAUUUUUUUUGUCCCGUGUGUCACAUGAAUAACUGUUUAACUUGUCAGGUCAUACACAUGGGUAAAAAUUGUCGACAAUAUCAAGAGGAAUUGAGACUAUCAAAAGAAACGAAUGAAGAUUCUGAUAGAACUGCAGCGGUUUUAGAAGAAAUGGUUAAUAGAGGUGAAGCACUUGCUUGUCCCACUUGUGCAGUUAUUCUUAUGAAAAAAUGGGGUUGCGAUUGGCUUCGAUGCUCAAUGUGUAAAACUGAAAUUUGUUGGGUCACAAAAGGUCCACGAUGGGGACCCGCUGGAAAAGGUGACACGUCCGGGGGUUGUAAAUGUGGAGAAAAUGGAAUGAAAUGUCAUCCUCGAUGCAAUUAUUGCCAUUAGUUAUCACAAUAAAUUUAAUUGCUAACUGAUGAAAUUAAAAUUUUAACCAUAUAAUUGAAAUUUUGCUUUCUUCUAGUUGCUUUUAAUUAAUAGAAUUAUAUAUAACUUUUUAAAUAUUUUUAAAAAAUAUUAGUUUAUAUAAUGAAACGUCAUGUGAUAAUGGUAAAAGUGAAUAAAAACAGUAUCUAAUCUCACUAAAA